CUGUCGCGUCCUUCGUUACGAACUUUUAAUUUUCUAACGCUGCAUCAAAUUAUCGCGCUGCGCGCGGAUCAAGCGUGAUCGAACAUGCGUGCGUUUUUCCGCCUCCGUCGCAGCAGGGCCGUAGAGUAUACUUGAUGUGCAUAGACGAUCGGAAAUUAAUAUGAAUCAUUUAACGUAACAAUAACACGUGUAAUUCGAAGGAGUUAUUUGUCUAAAAAGAUGUCGUAAAUUACUAUAAUUGUAAAAUAAACUUUUAACAUUUAAAAUAAACGAGGUCGUUCAUCCGUCAAUUUCCGUCAUCGUGGCAAUUUAUUUACUUGGUGUACCGCGUGAAGCAUAUAAUCGAAUAUGAUUGACCAAAUGUCGCUGUGUCCGUGUGCUUUUUCAGGCAAUGAAGCUUGUAGCGAUACUUGACGAAAUUUGCUCCUGAGAGAUUCUCGGUUAUGUGGAGGAUAAUGUGCUGGCGUUAUUUUAGGAAAAUGUUAUUACACGAUAAUCUAUAGAUAAUGCCACACAAGUGCCCUCUGGCGCCUAGAAAAAAUUCGAGUCAUCCUUGAUGUCCCUCUAUGUUGGACGCUUAUCAUGCUGCGUCGAUAUGUACAGUGCUAUAGUGUAUAACUGUAUACGUGUCGAGGUAGUGUAGUUCGAAGUGGCCAAGUAUGAAACAUGAUAGAAUCGAGUGGAGCUGAUAAGAUUAAUUAUAAUAACUUUUGUGUGACAAUAGUUUAUGGUGUGUAAUACGAUGGAUAAUCGAUGGAAGUUUUUUUAAGCGCAUCGGCGCGCAAUACUCAUGAGUAACAAAGUGAAGAGACAUCCGUGACGAAAAGGUUAUGGGAUAACCAAUUCCUUGGGCAAAGUUUCUCAUUUGCGCAAAUUAUGGGAAACUUUAUCGGCGACAUCGUAAUUUGCUUGCUGCUAUUAUUUUCAGUCAGCAUUAUAUUUGGAACCAGCGAAGUCAUCAAGUUGUUCGCAAAUAAUGGAGAAGAAAUCCUUAAGACAUCGAGUUACAGUUGGAUCAUUCGAUUAUCUUUAAACCUAUUGGGAUACGCCACUAUAUUGUUACCAGGUUGCCUUAUAUACAAAUAUGUACGCUGUACAAAAUAUAUUCAAAGAAGUGGUGGUAAAGGCUGCAUUCCCAGAUUGGUACAUUCGUGCUUCGUUGGGCAUUGUGAAACGGGUCUGUUGGACUCACCUUCGUACACUCCGAAUACUUGUACUCAACGCACCUUUGCUCAAGAUGCUUUACUACUGUUAUAUUGUUUCUUUGGACUGCAAAUUAGUUAUCUUACAUGGGGCUACCUGCAGGAGAAGAUAAUGACGCAGGAAUACGAAGAUGCUUCCGGUCAGAAAGCACGGUUUCAAGAUUCGCAGUUCUUAGUAUUUGUAAACCGUAUUCUUGCUUUCCUGAUGUCGGGAUUAUAUUUACUUGUUCAACGCCAACCGCAGCAUAAGACACCGUUGUAUAAGUAUGUGUUUUGUUCUCUAUCAAAUAUUAUGAGCAGCUGGUGUCAAUACGAGGCUCUGAAAUAUGUCAGUUUUCCAUCACAGGUUCUCGCUAAAGCCUCAAAAAUUAUUCCAGUUAUGAUAAUGGGAAAAAUAGUUUCACAUACGACGUACGAAUAUUACGAAUAUGUUACCGCCAUUCUUAUUUCUGCUGGAAUGACUCUUUUCAUGUUGGACAGUUCUGAGUACAAGAAUGAUGGAGGUACAACCGUGUCUGGUAUUAUCUUGUUGGGAGGUUACUUACUAUUAGAUAGUUUUACCAGUACCUGGCAGAAUGCACUUUUUGUAGACUAUGGUGCAACGAGUAUACAAAUGAUGUGUGCAGUUAAUAUGUUUUCGUGUUUGCUCACUGCAAUGUCUCUGUUUCAACAAUCGAGCUUCCCACUCAUAUUUUCAUUCAUGACAAUGUAUCCUAGGUUUAUAAUCGACUGCUUGUUGAUCUCGAUUUGUUCAGCAAGCGGCCAGCUGUACAUCUUUUACACAAUUUCAAAAUUUGGGCCUAUAACAUUCGUCAUUAUGAUGACCAUUCGCCAGGGUUUGGCGAUAUUAUUGUCAUGUUUGAUCUAUCAUCACGAGAUCACCAUUAUUGGCAUAUUUGGCAUACUAUUGGUAUUUGGUUCAGUAUUUCUACGAAUUUAUUGCAACAAUCGACUACGUGCUAUUAGAAGACGCAGAGCUACGGCGAAUAGUAUAAAGCAUUAAGAAUUGUACGAUUUAGGUGGAAUUGCAGUUGUAAUUUCUCACAAAAGCAGAAUUCUAUCAACUGUAAUUCACGUAAGUUGAUCGCAAUUGCCAUAGACGCUAAGAUAGAAUUCUGUCAUUGUGUGUAAUUAGAUGUAGACUGAAUUUUAAUUGUAUCUCGUAUCUCUAAUUAACUCUGUCAUAAUCUCUCUCUAUAUUCCCAAUAGUUUGUGUUUAUAAGGAUUUUGACGAACACACGCAUAUAUAUACACACACACACACACACACACACACACACUUAUACUAAGUAUAUGUUGUAAGGUUUGUAAUUAAUAUACGUGAUGUGUGGUGGAACAUAGUUUGAAAAGUACUUGAAGAUAUGUGAUCUAAUCAGAAAUGUCGCAUUAUAUAAAGUAUGCAAUGAAUGCUACGCCAUUGUAUUAUUUAUUUGAAAAAUAUUUAUUUUGAUAUAAAUGCAUAUACAAAG